GGGGCUGGGCGGAAGCGGCUGAAGUUUUGGUGAAAAUCUCAGAGAGUUUUGGGCGAUUUGGAAUCGCCAACUCAGCGUGUGUUUUGGUCGCUGCGCCUGGUGGGGACUGAGGUGGGGAUGGAGCCGAUCAACACCUGGAGCCCCCGGAAGGUCUCGCUGUGGUUACAAGGCUUGGAUAACAGUGUGCAGAAAUAUCCAUUUGAUCAAUGGCAGGUGAAUGGAGAGCAACUCCUGCGACUAUCACAGCAAGACCUGGAAGAGCUUGGUGUGAAACGGAUAGGACACCAGGAGCUGAUUCUGGAAGCAGUGGAGCUACUGUGUGCACUGACCUAUGAUUUAGAGACAGAGAAUUUGAAGAUUUUGAUGGAGAAGUUGAGAGCUGUCUCUGGAACCCUUCAGUCCUUCAUUGUCAGUCGGAGGAAGGUCAGCCCAGGUCCACAGAAACCUUCUGGAGACCUCCUCACCUCUGUCAUAGAUCUUCUUCAAACCACCAAAGCCAUCUUUUCGUGGCUGAACAGGUACCCUUUUAUAUGCAUAAUUAAUUACUCUGCCAUGAAGAAAGAGAUCAUCAGGUUAUGUGUGGAGCUGGCAGAAACUAUUCAUAAGGAAUGCAGCCAGACAGAGAAAGAAAAUUGGAUAUUGAGCAUUUGCAGGGAACUCUCCAGUUUCUGUGAAAACAUGGUGAUGGGUAGCCCCGAGGUGUUGGUGAACCAAUGCGCUUGCCUGGAAACUAUCCAUCUACUCACCACCUCACCAGGGCAGAGUCUGGGAAUUGAAAUCAAAUCGAAUAAUGGGCUGCAUUUUAUCACAGGAACCACAGUAAAUUCUCCAGCUUAUCGCUCUCAGAAAAUUCGACCAGGAGAUGAGGUCGUCCAAGUGAAUGAUAUGGUUGUAGUUGGGUGGACAUUGCAUAACCUGGUUGCCAAACUGCGUGAGAAUCCAAAUCAAGUAGUCCUCAUUAUGAAAAAGGUGCCCCUUGAUAUAUCACCAUCUUUCAGUUUCUCUGACGAUGUUCAGCUGCAGCAACCCCACCUAACAACACAGGUGCAGAGAAGCACAUCAGAAGAUGCAGGAGCAUCGCCAGACGCAAGUGUGCUGUCUGAGAGAUCUUCCCAGUAUUCACGGAGAGAGAGGAUAGGAAUCCAACAGGGUGCACAACCUGACUGCAGCACCUUUGAAACUAAUGCAAGCUGUGAAGACAAGGAUAAGCCAUUGCCAUCUGAAUCCAACUCUGAAAUUGGGUCUGAGUCUGAUGGGGAAAGUGAUCAAGUGCAGCCAGUACAACAGUCCAACACGGAGGGUGAGCACAUGCAGGUAGCAAGUCUGAUGUCUGAAGGGGGCACUGUGACCUCAUGUGAUGGAGAAGAGCUUGUAAGUGAUGGAACAUUAACUCCACAAUCUCCAAGAAUAAUUCAGCAUCAAAACAUUGAAGAUAGAAUGAAAUAUGAUUCUGACUGUGAGGGAGGACCAAGACCAGCAAAUGAUGAGAGAGCGGUGCAGUUACGGAACAGACGAAAGAAAAAAGGAGUAGCAACUGCUCUUAGCCGUAGACGGAUAUCAUGCAGGGACCUCGGUAUGGGCGAGUGUUAUGGCUGGCUCUGGAAGAAGAAAGAACAAUUUAGAUUCAUGUCACAAAAAUGGAAACGCUGCUGGUUUGUGCUGAAGGGACCCAAUCUAUACUGGUACAACAGUGAGAAUGAUGAGAAAGCUGAAGGAUUAAUCAAAUUGAUUUCGUACUCUGUGGAGGCAGCUGGAGAGCACAAGAGAAAAUUUGUAUUCCAGCUUUGUCACCACAAGUUCAAGUCCUUUGUCUUUUCAGCAGACAAUGUGGAUGAAAUGAGGAAGUGGAUUAACAGUCUCAUCAGUGCCAUUCAAAAGUACAAAACUGAAAAAUCCUCUGAAAACAAAGAGGAAGACUGCUGGAGUGAGACAGAGACUGAAGAAUGUGAUGAUUCUCCAGAAAUACCUGGCACUCCUCGAUCCAAAUCCUACCUUAAGAGCAAUGAUCUUUCACCUAUAGAACGAUUCAGACAUUCCUCAGGUAACUAUGGACAAGUUGGAUGCAGUGGAGACACUGGCCGUCUUAGUGCGCCAUCCAGCCCCAGUAAGGAGAGAAAGCUUUUUCCAGAACCUGGUCAAAGUUCAAAUGAUGAACUGGAGACAUUAAUAAGAGUCUUGCAGCGGGAAGGUGUGUCACUGAUCGGUAAGGAGCAGCCUUUUCGGAAAGAUUAUCAUUGGUCAUUCAUCAGACGAAACAAGAAUCCCAUCAUCAAUGAGAAAGCACAUUAUCUGAGAACACUGCAGAGCACACUGAAGGCAAAGAUGGUAGAUUUACAAGCCAUUAAUAAGAUCCUGCAGGAUCCAAAUUUAACAGCGGAAAAGUUCCGAAUAUGGAAAGAAGAAAAUCAGGAGCUACUGGCAGACAUCCGGAAGGUUGAGCAGCUUGCAACUGAAGGAUGGAAAGAGAGGGCCAAGCAGUCAGCUCCUGAACCAGGAGCAAUUAUGACAGAAAUGGCAAUGAGCGCCUCAGGAAAUCCUUUAUCUUGUUUCGAUAUGGAACCAAUAUCAGCAGAAAUCUCAACAUCCAUGUCUGAUGUGGAAUUGGGGAACAGAAAAGGAGUCUAUACAGAUGGUGCAUCUGUACAAUUGGGAAUUGGAGAAGACAGUUACAUAGAAGGGCUGAAUUGCCAACUCGAAUCUGGCACAGACAGGAAUCCAAACUGCCCCAAAUCAUCUAACAGCUCAAGAGAUGAACUGUGGCAGCCUUAAGAUCAAUAAGAAAUGAGAGAAAUGAACCCCUAUGUAUGAGUAUGGAGCUAAGCAUUGUUUAUUCAGAAGUUAUUGUCCUGAUGAACAAAUUUGGCAAGCUCCCAGUACAAAUGUUCCUGGGUCUCUUAAGAGUAUUUCACUGAAAAUAUCCUUAUUAAGCAUGACCCUAUACUGAGGAACCUCCAUUAUCCGGCAUUCAAUUAUCUGAAUAUCUAAUUAUCCGGCAAGAUCGCAAUGUCCUAAUGCUUGACUAAACUAUGUUAUCCAACAUUCAAUUAUCUGAAAUUCAAUUAACCGAACGAAAUAUUCCCCACUUGUGUCCUUUGGAUAAUUGAGGUUCCUCUGUAUUCACUUGAUAUUCACGUGCAGAUUCAGUGCAAACUGCCGGAUUGUGAUUAGAAAAGGAUGCUGUGCCCGAUUUUCCUGUCCUUUAUCUUAUUGCUAACCAAGGGUGGCACAGUGGGUAGCACUGCUGCCUCACAAUGUAGGGACCUGGAUUCAAUUCCAGUCUCAGGUGACUGUUUGUGUGGAGUUUGCACAUUCUCCCAGUAUCUGCAUGGGUUUCAGAUACUUCAGUUCCGUUCCAGUCCAACGAUGUGCAGGUUAGGUGGAUUGGCUAUGCUAAAUUGCCCAUAGUGUGCAGGGAUGUGUAGGCUAGAUGGUUUAGCAGUGAAAUGCAGGGUUAGGAGGAUAGGGCGGGGUGCUCUUCAGAGGUUCAGUAGACUCAAUGAGUUGAAUGACCUGCUUCCACAUUGUAGUGAUUCUAUCCUUGACACUGAGUCCAAUAUUAGUAUACUUGAAACUAAACCAGGUGAGACCAGCUAACAUAAGAGAACGGUUGUCAAAAAUUGUAUUUUCCUCCCUGCUUGGAAGAUUCAUGUAGCUAGGCAUUUCCCACACUUGUCAGAAAAUAUUUGCCUCUAAAGACUAUGCUUCACUACUCUACUCUUUAAAGAAUUGCUUUGAACCUUUGAAUUCUCCUAAACUUUAUGCUGAAGAUAUUCUGUUUGGUGCAAUUCCUGUUUAAUUCUGCAACUUCUUAUUCUCUCUCCUUCCUAAUUCCAUAAAGAAACAAUUCACUCUGAUAAAAAGGGUGUAGAGGCAUUGGAGAAGGUGUGGAAUAGAUAAACAAGGAAACAAAUCGGUGAGUUUACGUAUAAAGGAUUAACAGGCUGUGUCUAUUGUCUCAAAAAAAAGGGUGAGCAGUGACCUAAUUCUAUUGCUGCUGUUUGUAACUACUCCUGUCAGGAGAUCUAUCAUGGUAUGCGUCACUUACUCUGUGCUAGCUUCGCUCAUCUAUUGCAGCUUGUCAGCAAUCACUCUGACAUCUAUCAUUUCUGCUGCCUUCUCCACUUUGCCUUCUGGAGGAGAUUGUUUCAGUUCUAAAUAUAUAGCUGAAAUACUGACAUUUUCUUGUCUGGAUGUCAUUCCUAAGAGUUUUCUUUGCUCUUUCAAUUUCAUACAUCUCAUUUGUUUUUGGUUUGACUGUGGAAUUUUUAGCGUUCAUCCUGGCAUCCAUAUUUCAAGGGCCUCCAUGUUCUUCAACAAAUCUUUGUAUGAUUGUCCAUGUUUCUGAGGCAAAUAGAAGAGUGGAUACAGUGUAUCUUGAGCUUUUCUGUUAACACAUCCUUGCAAUCACUUUGGUGAUCUCUAAUUCAACAUAUACUGCCAUCUUCAGUUAUUAUUUGUCCUAAAGCGACAAACUUAUCUACUUGUUCCAGAAUGACACUGUUUACUUCAAUCUCUACUCUACUUUUUCUAAUGUAUUCCAUUGUACUAUCACUUUGUCUUUUUGGUAGGCAUACUUGAUCCCUUUUCUAAACUCCUGUAAUUUCUAUUAUCGCUUCUAACUCUGUUUCUCCGGAGGCUUUUCGAAGUUCUGUUGUUGCUUCAUGUACACCUGGAACCUUUCCUGUAUUCACUGAUUUUGAAGCAUUUUUUACUUUUUGAUACUAUAAUGUUUUGUCCAUUGUUGCCUCUGUAAUUUGAGGACUCCCUCAACUUGGAUCAUUGUGCAUAUAUAUGCACAAAGUGCCGUCCACCUUUUUGGUGACCUAACAGAGGUUCUUUAAAUUUUUUAAAUUACACCAAGUUUUAAAUAGCAUUUUUACAAAGGGAAUGUUUCCCCUUAGCAGGAAGAGCCUAAUUGAAUACAAGGUAGUCACUAAGAAAUUCAAAAAUAAUGCUCAUGAAACUUAGAGUGUGGAUUUUUCCACCACGAUUGAAAAGAAUGGUAUAGUAUUUAAGGGGUCACUAGAAAAGCAUAUGAAGGAGAAGAGAAUACUGCUUACUAUGAUAGAUUUUAGAUAAUGAGAAAUGGAUGGCAAAAAUUGAGCAUGACGAUGGCAUUUACUGGUUGGGCCAAAUUGCCUGUUUCUGUGCCACAUAUCCUAGGUAAUCCAAUUACGUACAGUUUCAUGGGCAGCAGUAGUCUCUUGCUGCUUUCCUGCAUGAGUCUGGUCUGUGAAUAAGUCUUGGGUAUGUGUUAGGUCAAAUCAUAAAAAGGAUUGGAGAAUACUUUGGAGACUAGUGACUGGCUAACUCCUGACUACAGUUAGAUACACUAUACAAAACAAAAUAUUAUAAUGGUCAAGGUAUCCAGAACUUAAGUAUUCAAAACAUGACAUGGCAGUUAUGAAGUUGACCGCAGUAAAUCGUACAUUGAAUUGCAUUCACAAAUAACAUUCAGAGAAGGGAUCUUUCUGUCAUUAGCCCAGAUGCUCAUACUAUGGGUUGACUCUCAAUACCCUCCAAAGCAAAACAGUUGGCCAUCUUUUCAGGACAAAUAGUUAUAGUCAAUGAAUGCUCCUCAUCUAUAUUACUUAGAAAUAUUAAUCUAUUGACUUUGAGUGAUUUGAUAAUACAAAAUAGUUGCUACCGGAAAAUAAUUUAACUUUAUGCAGUGUUUAUUUUACUUUAAUAAACCUGAAAAUAUUUUAAAAA